AUGGCGCCGGCGCGUGAAGAGAAUCCUUACGAAGGCGGCGGCGGGGGGUUCGGCAAGUUCCGUAAACGACCGUUCCGAAAAACCCAAACGACGCCGUACGAUCGUCCACCGACAGCGCUCCGAAACCCUAACAGAAACAACGGUUGGUUCUCGAAGCUUGUCGAUCCCGCGCAGAGGCUCAUCGCUUCCAGCGCUCACAAACUCUUCGGCUCGGUUUUUCGCAAACGUCUUCCAGCACCACCACCACCACCACCACAACAACAACAAGGGAAAAGGUUUUACCCAAGAGGAGAGUGGGAGCUUGGUGUUCUGUCUGCACAAGAGGCAAGGGGGAUGGGAUGGGCCAUGUUAAAUAAUGCAGGAAGGGAAGCAGUGCAGGAAGUGAGGGACCAUAGCCAGGAAACAACUCUCAUUGUUGCAAAUGAAUCCUCUGGCAAGCAACUAGUAGUAGGUGAAACUAGUGUCCGAGUUAACUGUUCUGACGGAGAUGAAAUAACUGAACUUGAGAAACUGCUAAAGCAAAAGACUUUCACCAGAUCAGAGAUAGAGCAUUUGACAGAAAUUAUGCGAUCAAGAACUGUUGGUUCGUCUGUUGGGGAAGAAAGGAAGAACACAGAAGUGAUUCUGUCAGAUCAAAUUUUACCUCAUGAACAAAAGGAAGAAUAUCCCAAAACUCCAGCACUAGAAAAUGUUAUGGAAAACUGUCUUGUUUCAACCCCAUAUGAUGCGAAGGUUACUUCAACUGUUUCUGUUGAUGAUGUUGCUUCCCCUGCUGAGCUUGCCAAGGCUUACAUGGGGAGCAGGUCUUCGAAGUUAUCACCAUCAAUGUUAGGCAUGCGAAGUUCUCUCAGGGAGGAUUCACUGCUAAAAAGUCAACAUUUUGCUCAGAAAUCUCCUGUUAUGUCAAUUGUGCCAAGGGUUACUAUCCUUAGUAGGGUUCAUGAAAAUGGUUUUGUGACCCCAAAAUCUCGUGGCAGAUCAGCAAUAUAUAAUAUGGCUCGAACACCUUAUGCAAGAGUUCAUCCAGGCUCUAUGCCUAAGGAUACCAGGGUUGCUGUUGAAGGGGAGCCAUCAUCAUCUUCAGCUCAGCAUGUGACUAAUCAUGAUAUGAUUUCUGGAUCUAAACAAGGGCUAUUAAAACGUAGGAGUUCUGUAUUAGAUAAUGAUAUAGGAUCUUUUGGUCCUAUUCGCCGAAUUCGUCACAAGUCUAAUCUUCUGCCUUCUAAAAGCUUGACCUUGUCUCAUUUGGGAAACCCUCUAUCUAUAGAUAGGAGUGGAGUUGGUGUUGAUGCUGCUCAGCAACAUUUGUCUUCCAUGCAGAAGGCUCAUAUGUUAAGUGAAGCUAGACAUAUGCAUACAAAAUUGUCUGCAGAAACUGUAGAUGACACCAUGCCUAGUACCAGCAUUCCUCCUUUACCCUCAAAAUCUAGUGAAAUGGCUUCAAAAAUACUGCAGCAACUUGAUAAAUUGGUUUCUCCUAAAGAAAAAUCUCCAACAAAAUUGUCUUCAUCCAUGUUACGAGGGCAGGCUCUUCGAAGUAUGGAAACAGUAGAUUCAUCAAAAUUCCUGGAUAACAUUCGGAAUAAUGAAUUGGAUGGAACACAUGGAAAUUUGUCUGCUGGUUCUCAAAGGUUAAAAUCAAAGAUAGAUGAAACUGAAAAUGGUUCAUCAAAACUAGUUUCUCCUACUGAUGCAAUGGUUCCUCUUGAUGCAAAUGCUGAAGUCCCAAGGAAGCAAGAUAUAUCUAUUUUAAAAUCUGGAGAUUCAUCUGGAGCAAAACCUGUGUAUCAUCCUCCACAAAAAAGGAGGGCAUUCCAUAUGAGUGCACCUGAGGAUUGUCUGGAGCUGGAUGAUGAUGCCAAUCCUAAUGGAGCUGUGUCUCCUUCCUCUACUUUGGGGAAAGAAACAACGGUCUCCAAUGCUUUGGCUGAUAAAACUACCUCUUCUAUUGAAACAGCUGUACCGGAGAAGCCGCCAGGUUCAUCUGUGCUAAUGCCAUCCAAAAGUUUUACAAUAGAUGGUAAACCUGAUGUUAGGACAGCUGGUGGGUCUAUUGUUGAAGAGAAGGUUGAUGUAUCAACCUUUACAACUUCAUCUGUCUCUGAUCCUAUUUUUAAGACAACUGCAGGUGCAAUUACAGCCGCUUCUAACACAAGUUUAGGCCCUAAUAAGUCUACUACACCAAAUGGAUCAGUUUCUAAUUCUACCCUGUUUAACUUUGGGAGUAAAGUUGUUCCAUCAACUGAGCUGACAGCUUCUGUUACUCCAUCAAAGGACUCUACUAAACCUAGUCCACUAUUUGGUUUGGGUAAGGUUGCAUCCCCUAAAGAGUCUGGUGCUGAUGCUCCUUUGGUUAAUUCUGGCUUCAACAAAAAUGUUGACAAGGUUCCACAAGUGCCAUUUACUUUCUCCUCAUCUGGUGGUGAAUCUACUGUGUUCAAAUUUGGCUCUUCUUCUGACUCUAAACCAAGAAGCUUGAUGAGCUCAACUACUGUUGCUGGUGCUGUUGAUUCAAUGCCAAAAGCUCAUGAUUUAGAUAAUGCUGGUGCUAAGACUAAUACAUUCACUGGUUUCUCUGCUCAGUCAUCUGAACCAGCUGUUUCUUCAGCACAUAUGCCAUCAUUUACACCACCUACAAAUAUAUUUACUUUUGGUCACAGUUCAAAUCUAAAUGUUGGAGCUGCUGCUUCCAGCCCUUCUCCAUUCUCCCCUGUUGUUACAAGCAAUUUUGCAGAUCAGAAUAUAUUUAGUAGCUCAUCAGUUGCGGCAAGCAACAACAGCAGCAUUAGUGCCACCGUAACCUCCACUAGCACUGACAAGACAAAUAGCACCCCUGCUGUAGUUGAUGCCAGUAAUAGCAAUUCCUCCAUCCAAGUGGCAUCUUCAUCUCCCACAACUUCAUUUUUCAAAUUUGGAUCUACACCUUUACCGACAACAAGUUUACCAGUAUCAUCUUCUGGCUCAGAACCACUGGAAAACACGAGCAGCAUUUUUGGGAGCUCUUCUGCUGCACUUGGAAGCACAGCGAGUGGCAUUAUUGGCUUUAAUUCCUCAGCAUCGACAACUGGAAGUAGCCAGUCUCUGGGUUCUGUCAUUGGCACUACAAGUGGGUCUGUUCCUGUUACUCUGGCAUCUUCUUUUACCAGUGGUUUUGCAACUUCUUCUGAGAGUCAGCCAGGGGCAUUUGGUUCAUCUGCAUCAGCCCCAUUAUUUGGGUUGACUGCUAACACUGGGUUUGCUUCAGGGAGUUCAACGUUUCCUUCUAAUUCGGCCACAAACAUUUUCAAUGUGGGUACAACUUCCGGACAAAGUACCCCUGCUGCUUCUUCAGAAGCCAACCCUGUUAGCUCCAGUAGUGGCACAAGUUCUACUGGGUUUGGGCUUACAAGUUGGCAACCGAACAAGUCUCUAUUUGGCUCUUCCUUUAUUUCAUCAUCCUCACCUUCCUCUGGGUUUUCCUUUGGUUCAUCUUUUAGUUCAUCAUCUUCAUCUACCCCUGGGUUUUCCUUUGGAUCAUCCACAUCUACUGUUACUUCUACCAGUUCUCCCAUGAUGUUUGCAUCCUCUGCUGUUGCAUCGACUCCUCAGUUUUCAUUCACUUCUGCUACAGCUACUACCAACACACAGCCUGCUUUUAUAAGUUCUAGUCCUGUCUUCUCAUUUGGUUCAGCUCCUGUUAAUAAUGAUCAGAUGAACAUGGAGGACAGUAUGGCCGAGGACACAGUUCAAGCAACUCCCCCCGCAACUCCUGUAUUUGGCCAACAACCUGCCCCACUUCAAUCAAAUUUUGCAUUUGGAGCAUCAACUCCAGCAGGAGCGAAUCCUUUCCAGUUUGCGAGUCAACAGAAUAUUGCCCCACAGAAUCCAUCUCCAUUUCAAGCUUCUGGCAGUCUAGAAUUUAAUGCUGGAGGGAGUUUCUCAUUGGGCACUGGUGGGGGUGACAAGUCUGGUCGAAAAUUUGUGAAAGUUAAACAUAGGCAGCGAAAGAACUGUGGGGUAAACCCUAUUCAGGUAUGGCAUAUGGGAGAGCUUUUAAAGAUUAUAGAGUGA